ACGUUCGGAAACAAAAUGAUGUGCCUCUGGUUUAAUCUCGCUUCCAGAGUCCUUUGUGUUUGCCUAGUGCUGCAGUGUUCUUUUAGAGCAGCGAGGACCGACACCACGGAAGUGCCGGCAGAAACUUCACUUGGUGCAACGGCCGUAACGGCCGAGACAAUCGUGGUGCAGACUUCCCCGCAAACGGUGAUGACAACGGUCGCAACCACCGCGGCUACGACGACGGGAACACUCGCCCCGACCAAGAAGCCACAUUCAAAAACACUGACGCAGCUGAGGCCCACCGAACGCUGUUUCUGCGACCUCAAAAGGAACUCGUGCGACGUCGAAUGCUGCUGCGACUCGGACUGCACGGAGGAUGAUGCAAAGUCGUUUUCGUUCUGCGUCGACAGGGUGCCGGAGGCCCCUGACCUGCGCUAUUGUACCAAGCGGGACGCCAUCUUUGCGAGCCGAACCCUCUUCGAGAAGCGGCCUGUGGGAGAUCUCCUCUGCGUCGUGGUCGACAACGUGCGGAAGAAAGACGUCUUCGGCGAACCACCCUCCGUUUCGUCGCCGGCGGACGUGCACAAGCUUGUCGAGGAAUCGAGGCACGGCUGGAUGGCAGAUGGUGCCGAGCAGACGACGAAAGUGCAGUUUAAAGCCGGGGACGCGCUGCUCCGGCUGGAAGACAACGGCGGCGUUGGUGAAUGGAGACUACCGGUACAGCUGUUCAGCACGGCCUGUGAAGCCACGGAAGCCGUGACCUACCUUCGGGACCAGGUAUUCGAAUGCACACGCGGCGUCGGGGUUCUCGACAAUUGGUGCACAUCCGACCCCGCGCUGAGUGCCCAGACGUACUAUCGAGGUUUUGCAAUCUCCUCUUCAGCAGACGACCGGGUUCAAGUCCUUCCGGCUCUUUGCUCCGGCGACGUCUGCUCUGACUUCCCGCCGUCUGCUCACGUUGCCCGCUACACAGACGACGGAGAGUGCAGAAAUGUUGUCUCGCAGGUUACCUACAGGAUCGUUCAUAACGGUGUUCACGGUAUCAUUAACAUUACUGCCAGGUACGAGACUACGACCUUACAGAGCGGUGCCACCGAGUUUCUGCAGAGGUUUAGAACGUUUUACGUGUGGUUGUCGGACGGUAUAUCGCCUGCUGCCGAGCGCAGCGGCAACCCUGGUUACCUGCCGGGGCUUCCCAUUCCUGCGGAAUGUUUUAAGACAAACGGCACCAGGUGCAACCAGUCGGAGGAAAGGACGUGGUUGACAGUUCCUAACGCCAGAAAUGGGGACUGCACGACUCUUCUUACAGGCGAGGCCCUCAAGUUCGGUUCCAACCCGAGGACAGGUUGCCUGGUGAGGUCGGCUGUCUUUAAGAACUGCACUCUUCUGCAGAAAGCGGUGUUUGACUACCUGGUGGGGGAAAGUCUGUCGCUCACGCACGUCGCCAUGUUUGGCAACUCGAGCCGUUCAAAAGUCGGAGAGCACGUCCCAGUCCUGCGCGAGAACGUGCCCUCGAAUCCUGCUGAACGGGCGGCUUCGGCAGACAACAUCAGGACCUGCAAAGUCGAAGCCACCGGUGUUCACAUCUUUGUCCUGUACGCAAGGACGGAGCAUGCGGACAAUCCACAAAACAAGAUUGUGUCUGUGUUGUACCGCUACGGCGGGAUGACAGAAGUCGGGCUCUUCCAUCUUCCCUCGAGCCAGCGGCUGGAGGUGUCGUUCGAGGCGACGUUUGUAGACGUCUCCCGGAAGGCAGUUCAGAUCUUUGCACCGCCGCCCACACUCGAAGCCCAUCUGCCAGAAGACUUCUUCUAUCCUUUCUUUUUAGAGUCUAGCGGUGGGAAAUGCUACAUAUGCCAUAACCAAUGCAGCUGGUAUGUGUUGGUCUUUACUGCCGUUACCUUUCCGCUGCUUGCUUUCAAGACACUGCCGCAGAUGUGAAAGCAAAGCAUCUUUUUUGUCCAAUUGUGUGUUCUAGGGUCACCAAUUUACGCUCUGAAUGUCACAGGUCCAGGCCGACGUCAUUGUAUAGCAGCUGUGGUGUCUGCUUUAUGUUGCAUUUAUUUGUUCAAUUUAUUUUCUUGUUGUGUGCAUGCUCUUGAUUUUCAAAUUGCCUGAUGCUUGUUUGAACACCAGUGACCGCCCCCGGAAAUAAAGAUUAUGAUUAUGUAAACACA